AUGAUCCAGGUCUACAGGGGUCAGCAGGACGGGUUCCCAGCGCCGGCAUUUGGAUCGUAUGAAGCAUUAGGCCUGGACAAAGAUGUUUGCACUGAUCGUUACUCCCGGUUUGGAGCAUAUGGAUAUGACGAGGAUAGCGAGGACGAGGUGCCUGGCUUCACACGCCCUCCGCCAGUGCUGUGGUGGGAGGUUGAUUGGAACAGACUACAGUCUCUCUGCCUGGAAAGAAAUGCCAACAGGUACAAUUCAAUUGACACCGUGAGCCCUUCAUCCCAGGGUCCACUUGCCAUCGGUCUCCCUCAGGCUUCCAACGAACCUAGAGGGGCAGAACCUGCAGGUACCUCGAACGUGAAGCAGUUCUAUCCGCGGUCAGCAGUGCUGAUUCGGGCAUGGAGCGGGCUUGAUUGGACGCCAAACCACCGGGAGUAUCUCCGGGCCUUAAUAAUGGAGCUAUCUUUACAUUCUGGGGGCGAGUACGAAGUUUACCUUCUAAUUCAUGUCAAGGAAGACGAGAUGCCAAUUUUCUCCAAUGCCGAGACUAUCAAUCGGCUCAGGAAUCACAUCCCUAAGGAGUUUCGGAAUAUGGCGCUUUUCUUCAACACAAAGUUACUGGAAGCUUGGUAUCCUAAGAUAAAGGAACACAGUCCUAAGCUGCAACAUCAUCAACCCCUGCAAAUAUUUUCACAGCUCUAUCCCCAUUUCGACUACUAUUGGCAGCUCGAAUUAGAUAGCCGUCUCACAGGACAUAGCUACCACUUCCUGGACCGUGCGGCCUCAUUCGCGAGACAACAACCUCGCAAAUAUCUCUGGGAACGAAACGCCUACUUCUACACACCAGGAGUCCACGGCAAUUGGAGCCAAUUUACCCAAAUGGUGCAUGAAAGUCUAUCAGGCAAGUCAGACAGCACAGUCUGGGGCCCAGUAUCCGGCACAGGGAUCAGGUCUUUGGGGCCCGACCCCCCAGUCCCCCACCCUGACAACGACAGCUACACCUGGGGUGUCGGCGAAGAAGCAGACUUCAUCACCUUCCUGCCCAUUUUCAACCCAAAGGACACACAAUGGACGUUUCCCCACAAAAUAUGGAACUUUAAAUACGGCGACGAGACCCCACGCCGCGCAGCAGUCAUUACAAUGGGCCGGUACUCCAAGCGUCUGCUCGACCUGAUCCACGACUCACAGGCAGGAGAGGGCCUGGGCCUUGCGUCAGAGAUGACGGGUGCCUCGUGGGCGCUGUUUCAUGGUCUCAAGGCUGUGUAUGUCCCCCACCCCAUUUACGCGGAUGGCCACUGGACGCCGCAGGAACUGGGGCGUAUCUAUAAUCCUGGUCCGCCAGAAAAUAUAAAUGGUGGUCCUGAUAGUAUUUGGAACUUUGACCAUAUAUUUGACCACAUCACCUACCGCCUCUCCUACAUGUUUACCACGCAUACCGCAGAGGACUUGUACAGGCGAUGGCUGGGUUACGGGAGUCGGCUGUAUAAGGAUGUGAUAAUGUCGUCUGACGACCGCUUUGGCCGGCAUUGCUUUCCCUCUAUGUUCCUUCACACUAUCAAGAACACAGCCCAAGAGAUGGGACCGGAAAAGCCAGUUCCAUAA